AUGAGUAAUAACAAAAAAACCGAAUGGACUAUAAUUGAGACUUUUGAAGAGGAUGACUUUAUUUGCAUUGAUUUUUAUGAAAGAGCAAAAAAAGGGAACAAUACUAGUGAUUAUAAAUUUGGGAAUCCCAAAGUUAAAUAUGAACCGAAUUUUGAUAAAAAAAGGAAUAGCCUCUUAAGUUUAAAGAAUGAAGAAUAUUAUUUAGAGUGGGAUAAAUAUAUUUCAAAAUAUCGAAAAUCAAUUUAUAAUGAAGAAAUAGAAAAUUUACAAAAUCAGUUGAAAGAAUUAAAAAUUGUUGAAAGUAAUAUUGAAAGGGAUCUUGAUUAUAAUAAGAGGAACGAAAAAAAAUUUAAGGAAUCUCAAAAUAAAUAUGUUGAAAAUCAAAUUAAAAUAAAGGAAGUUGACAAAAAUAUAAAUAAUUUACUUCAAGAUAUUUAUAAACUUAAUCAAUUAAAAGAUAUUGGAAAAGAUCUUUUGGGUAAUAAAAUAAGUUUUGGAUUAUUUGAUGUGGAUUUUAAAACUUUACAAAAUCUUCCUGCUGAUUUUGUGGCUUUUCCUGCGUUCCUUGUUGAAUAUAAUCAUAGAAGUGAUUCAAUUUCAAAUACUAAAGGUGAUUUGAAAUAUUUGGAUUCUUUACCACAAGGAAUUAAAGAUGAUAUUAUCAAGUCAGCAAAUAAGUACAACAUAAAAUACACGAUUGAUCUAUUUAACGAAUAUGAAAAGAUUCAUCGUGCUAAUUAA